AUGAGUCAUUUCAUGAAGGGCGUGUUCAAGACACCACCACCACAAAUGGAAACGCCCUCGCAUCCUUCGUUCCAAGCACAAGGCUUUCCCUUUCCGCAAUAUACACCUCUCAUCACUCCAAAACUUCAAUACACGCCCAACGCUUGCGAAGAUGCUAACGUCGCGCAAGCCUUCCCUCUGAUGCCAACACGUGAUGUCACGCGAGCACAAUCACUCAGCAUCGAAUGCCAGAAGGGAAAACUUAGCUCGCAAGAGAUCUCGACUACAAGCAACAAGACGAUCAAAAUUACUCUUGAAGAUGUUGCUGCUUCAACUACCGCAGCGAAGAAGCCAGAAUUACAUCCUCAGGAGAAGCUUGAUCAAUUCUGGAAUGUCUUUGAGCCGGAAUACCUUGGGAAAAUCAACCGCAUUCUGCCGUCUUCACUGAUUGAGUCAAGCCCUGCCGCAUCGAAGCAAGCAGGAGAUCGCUCACAUAAAGCUUUCCGCUCUCACGAAGAAGCUAAAGCUCGUUGUAUUCGCGAUGUGAAACGAAUCAUCAGGGAGUGCCGCACGCACAACAAACGAUACACUGAUACUCACUUUGACAUUGAGCGGGAUUUGAAGAUUACUAGACGGCGGGAUUGUCUCGAUGGGCUGUAUAACUACAGCACUGCUGGUGGUGGAAAUCCCGACAAGACUGCUCCUACCGAUGUUAAACGUGUCUGCGACGUCUUCGAAAAUCCGACCUUCUUUUCACGCAAUGCCAGCUCUGACGAUAUAAUCCAGGGCAACCUUGGUGACUGCUGGUUACUUGCAGCCUUCAGUAUUUUGACCUGCAAUGAGAAGCUCGUCAAGAACAUCUGCGUAAUCCAGGAUGCUGAAGUCGGUGUAUAUGGUUUUGUAUUCUACCGCGAUGGUGAUUGGCACCAGACAAUCAUUGACGACAAGCUAUAUCUACGUGCACCUAGCUACGACGAAAGUGGUGAUGUCGUCCUGGGCAUGUACGGUGUCCAGCAACGCGACCAAGAAAGAAGCUACAACGAUCUUUUCCAGACGGGUUCCAAAUCUCUCUACUUCGCAUCUUGCCGCGAGGAGAACGAGACUUGGGUUCCAUUACUCGAAAAGGCUUUGGCCAAAGCUCACGGGAGCUAUGCAGCCCUUAGCGGAGGACAGACUGGUGAAGCUAUCGAAGACCUUACAGGUGGUGUCACCACGGAGAUAUACACAACCAACAUCCUCAACAAGGAUAAGUUCUGGCACGACGAGCUUCGUAAGAUCGGUUCUCAGUUCGUCUUCAGUGCCGCUGUCGCCAGCUAUCGAGAAUGGCGUGCCCCUGGAAACUCCUCGAUCCGCAACGAGCGACGACAAGGUAUCGUCAGUCAACACGCAUACGCCAUCCUCGACACGUAUGAGGGCCAUGGGCAGCGUUUGGUGAAAAUGCGCAAUCCAUGGGGUAGCACCGAGUGGAACGGCGCUUGGUCAGAUGGUAGCAAAGAGUGGACUCACGAGUGGAUUGAAAGAUUAAACCAUCGCUUUGGAGAUGAUGGUAUCUUCUGGAUCAGCUACGAAGACAUGCUAAGGAAGUACAAAUACCUCGAUCGCACGAGGAUUUUCGGACCAGAAUGGCAUGUGGCUCAACAAUGGACAAGUGUCCAAGUGCCUUGGAACACGACAAACUACCAACAGACUAAGUUCCAAAUCGACGUGCCUGAGCCGACAGACGCAGUGAUAGUGAUCAGUCAGCUGGAUGACAGGUACUACCAAGGUCUCCAAGGGAAGUACAACUAUACCCUACAGUUCCGGAUCCAGAAGGACGACGAUGAGGAAGAGGAAUACCUCUCGCGUAGCGCGAACAACUACGAGUUGGUCCGGAGCAACAACGUCGAGGUACCACUAGAAAAAGGCAGAUAUACUGUCCUCUUCAAAGUCGAGGCCAGGAAGACAAACCGCAAGGAUGUCGAGGCAGUGAUUAGAGAAAACAUAUGGCGAAAAGAGAAGCUCAUGCAAGUUGGCACACUUUAUGAUUUGGCACAUCAGAAGGGACAGCAGAACAUGCCUAGAGGCAGCGGCAAAGCUGUCGAGACUGCGAUUCCCACCUUAGAAGAAAAGAAGGACGGCAAAGAGGUCGUCAAGGAGGAAAAAGAUAAAGACCCAAAUCGAGAUCCUUGGAAUGCAUUCUGUGUGGUUGGACUACGCAUCUAUAGCAAGCAGCCAAGCAUGGUCUUGAAUGUUAUGCAUCCGCAUCAAGAUGAAGAACCUGCCACACCAGUCCUUGACCGUGAUGACAUUGCCAAAGCACCUUUACAGGAAGCAGUCCAGAACUCAGAGCAGACUCCAGAGGGAAGCGUCACAGAUGGUGAACACACUGUUGUUCAGCAGAUUAGAGCCCCACAAAAGCGAUAA